GUUUGCGUAGAAAUUGACUACCAGAUGAAAAUACGGUAGCACUGAGGCCAGGCACCGUGUUGGAAUCAAUCAUUACUGGGCACAUAAUGGCUGUGUCCAUGAGUUCAACAUGUCCAGGCACAUACUGUGGCAGGAUGAUGGUCAACGGAUCCGUGGAGGGAGAGUGUGGCGUGUGUCCUCGCGGAGAACGUGCCAACCUGCAGAAUGUUUGCAAGCGCUGCACUGAGUCCCCAGAGCUGUAUGACUGGCUCUAUCUGGGCUUCAUGGCCAUGCUGCCCCUCGUAUUGCACUGGUUCUUCAUUGAAUGGUAUUCUGGGAAGAAGAGCUCCAGCGCCUUGUUGCAGCACAUCACGGCCAUGUUGGAGUGCGGCGUGUCAUCCGUGGUCACCUUGCUGGUCACGGAGCCGGUGGGAAAGCUCAGUAUCCAUUCGUGUCACGUCCAAAUGCUGUCGGACUGGUACACCAUGCUGUACAACCCAAAAGGGCAUUACCAAAAUCCGCCCGGGCUGGAGCGAUGA